AUGGAUAGCGAUGAGUAUAAAAAAGAAGUUGAAGCAAAUGUAAAGGCAGAAAAACUUUUACAGUUGCAAAACCAAACCGUACAGUAUGAAAACUUAGCACAAGAAAGUAAAAAUAACGACGCGGCUAUGCAAAAGGCAAUGAAAAGCGCAGAAUAUAUAAAAGCUAACAAUGACUGGUUAGAUGCCCAAGCCAACGCUAAAGCAGCCCAGCUUAUAGGGUCAAUAAGGACAAAAAUACAAGCGGAUGAAGACAGUUCAAAUGAAGCUUUAACAAAUGCUGACUUUAAGAACGCUUUCGAAGCUCUUCAUAGUAAGGUGAAACAAGUGAACGACUUCUCAUCUGGAAAGAAACUGAAGUCUGAAGGUUUCGACAAAGAGUUAAAAGAAGUAGCACAAAAUAUGACGAAAAUAACAGAUGCAGCAACGAGACAGGCAGUUCAAAGUGCCUAUGAUGCCGUUAGAGCAACUGUUGUGAAAAGUCAAGAAAAAGAGUUACAACAGACCAAAACAGACCUAGUAAAUGCUUUCUUAAGAACGAAAAGUCAGGUAGGACAUUACGCUGCAGAUGGAACAUAUGUGCCAGCUGGUGGAAUUUAUAUACCACCAAACCCUCCAAGAGAAGCACCUGCACCAGGACUACCUAGAACAUUUACAUCGUCACAUGGACACAGACACAGGCAUGCACCAAAACCAACACAACAACCAACAGUUCAAAAUCCAGCACCACAACAACAACCAACAGUUCAAAACCCUGCACAACAACCAACAGUUCAAAACCCUGCACAACAACAACCACAAACAGAGCAAGGACAUAAAAGAAGUAGAGAACAAGGAAACCAAGAAUUCUUAAAAAUGCUUAAAGAAGAGUGUGGUUUCCCAGAUACUGUUGACUUUAGUGACAGAUAUAAAGAAGCUAUUGGAAAGUUCAAGGAUGGAAAUACUGACCCGAACCUAUUUAGCUUUAUGGCUCAGCACCAAAACGGAUAUAAUCUCAAACCUGGAAAAUACAAGCUCGCUAAGGGAUAUGAUUUAAUAGCAUAUCAUCCAAAUGACAUGAACGAAUUUACUCCGAGAUAUUUGAU